UGGGGGACCAAAUUGUCAAGGUUGUCAUGUCAAUACUAUUUAUGAAAAAUAUCAAAAAUACUGAAAACAAUUGGCUCAAUUGGAUUUUUUAGGAAUGUAAAAUUAGAAAAAUAAAUACCUUGUUUUGAAUGGUAUGUUUACUAUGUUUUAAUACCUUAAGUGAGCAAGUUAUCUUUUCGCGCACUAUUUCAAUCCUAUCAAUACUAAAAUUUGUAAACAUACCAGUCAGAGCUUAUGAGACAACAUGAAUGCCGCCAGGAAUAAAGCAAUAAAAAAAAUUAAGUCACUAUGUUACCUGACUUUGGGAGGCACAGUGGCUUACCAAUUUAUUUAUAUGAAGAAAGACUUCAAUGGUUACUAUGAGAGUGUGUUGCAACCUCUAAGUCAACUUCUUAACCCAGAAUUAGCACACACUAUUGGAGUAUCUGCCUUUAAAUAUGGUCUAUUCCCAGUUCAAAGACAGAGUGAUCUGGAGGUUUUAAAAACUGAAUUCUUAAAUAACAAACUGUCUAACCCAAUUGGUAUUGCUGCUGGUUUUGACAAGCAUGGAGAUGCUGUGAUAGGCCUCAAAAAUGCUGGCUUUGGUAUGGUGGAAAUAGGAUCAGUGACCCCUCUACCCCAACCUGGAAAUCCUAAGCCACGAGUCUUUCGUCUGCCAGAGGACAAGGCAGUCAUCAACCGAUAUGGAUUCAAUAGUGAAGGGCACAACCAAGUGUAUAAUAAGAUAAAAGAUCUGGAUAAAUCACUCUUGGAUAGUACUAUGCUUGGCAUUAAUCUAGGAAUGAACAAGCUUUCCGAUAACCCUGUUAAAGAUUACUGCUUAGGGAUACAGAAGUUCUGGGAUGUUGCUGACUAUUUUGUUAUUAAUGUUAGCAGUCCAAACACACCUGGUUUAAGAUCAUUACAGGCAAAGGAUGAACUGUUAAAGUUAUUAACUGAGGUUAAUAAAGUAAGAAAUGAAAUGGUCCCUAAGAAAAACAUACCCCUCUUGCUCAAGUUGGCACCAGAUCUGACAGAACAAGAUAAAAAGGAUAUUGCAGCAGUUAUCACUAAAAAGGGAAGUCAAGUUGAUGGACUUAUCAUUUCUAACACUACAAUAGAUAGGCCACAAUUGGUACACCAGGACAUGUCUCAAGAGCCAGGCGGUCUCAGUGGUAAACCAUUGGCAAGCAAAUCAACGGAAAUGAUUAAGGAGAUGUAUAAAUUAACUAAAGGAACAGUUCCAAUAAUAGGUGUAGGAGGUAUUUUCACUGGCCAAGAUGCAUAUGAGAAGAUCUUGGCAGGAGCCAGUGCAGUACAAAUUUACACAGCUUUAAUAUACCAUGGACCACCCAUUGUCAAUAAGAUCAAAAAAGAGCUUGCCGACCUUCUUCACAAAGAUGGUUACGGGAAUGUUAAUGAAGCAGUGGGCAAAGGUGUCAAAUGA